CUUAUUUCUGUGGUGAAUAGCUGUCUUUGUAUUACAAAAAACUUUUUCAACUCUUAUCUUUUAGGUCAUCUAAUUGUUUUUGCACUUACUCUGUUUCUUGCACUUGCUCUGUUUCCAUGGAUUCUAAUUCCCAAUUCUUUGGAGAAGAAUGUAACAGCAGUGAAUCUGGAUGGACAAUGUACAUUGGUUCUCCUUCAACUGGUGAUGAAAAUAUUGGGGAUUUUGAUGAAUUAGAAGAGAGUCAUUAUAAGAAAGAAGGUCGUGUUAAUGAAGACGAUGAAGAUUGUGAGACUGAUGAUUCAAUGGCUUCUGAUGCAUCUUCAGGACCAAUUAGUAAUUUUUCAAGAAAUGCGAAGAGUGGUGGUGUAGAUACUAUGGUUAAUUUCAAGAAUCAAAAGGAAAAGGGGAAGGGAAAAAAUUGCAGCUUUAUUAGCAACAAAGCUAAAAGUUCAAUGAAGAAUGGUUACAAAAAUGGUGAUCAAUAUAAGGUAAAAGAGUCUAUCUUGGCUGCAAAAGGAAUUAAAGGUGCAUCCAAUGAUGGUGGUAAUAAGGUUAGGAAAAGUAUUUGUAUGGGCAAAGGGAAGUAGAAAUUUUAAUCGGUUUAGCUAGCGUUUGACUAUAAUUUUUUUUUUUAUCAGAACCACGAAUGAAACUUGAGUUUUAAAUAUUUUUGAGUUCCCAAAAACUGAUUCACACCAGUGAGAAAAUUGACUUCCACUCACGAAACUUUUUCCAAGUAAAUUUCAAGAUUUACAACUUUAAGGAUUUAGAUUUUAAAUUUUAACUUCAAAAUUUAUGGUCAAACGGAAGCACAAAAUCUCAUGUACUUUAGAUAGUAUUAGUACUCUUAUGUAUCUUUCUUUUUUCUUUAUUUGUUAGUGCAUGGAAAACUUAUCAGGAUGUUUUGAAGUAGAAACAAUUAAAUCCACUCUUUUUUAUACACAAAAUAUUUUGA